AUGGCCAGUAACAGCAUUGAUAAGCUAGAGAUGGCUGAUGACUUUGCGGACUUUGAGUUUGUCUUCUCCAUCGAGGACAUGGAGAAGGCUCUCGCAGCAGCCGUUGUAGAGGCCAAGAACGAUCUUGCCAAGUAUGAGAGCAACCAUCUUGACGAGGUUUCCCGUCUCAACGACACCAUCACUAUGCUUGAGAAGCAGCUCACAAAGACUGGGCAGACCAAGCGCAAGGCCAUCAAUGAGCUUGAUAAGAACGAGAGCUACCAUGUUGACGAAGUUUGCAGUCUCAAUGACACCAUCGCUACGCGUGAGGAUCAGCUCACAGGGACUGAGCAUGAGGCUAACAAGAAGCUUGCCAAGAACCGAGAAUUCAGACAAGCAGUCCAAGAACAACAAUAA